CAGCAGGUUAUGGACCACAUAGCCGCGGUAACGGCCGGGAUUGCGUACAUCCCGGCCGGGAUCAUCUACGGAUAUCUGCUGCUGCUGCCAACGGUUCAAGACAAGCAGAUCGCCUGCCUGUACGAGGAAACGUACUACUGGCCGCACAUUAUCGCGAUCGUCGCAAUGCUCAUCACGGUGGUGCUUACCAACGGGCUCAAGCUCAACUAUCGCAAGACGCAGUUCAUCCAUCUCUACCUGCAGCUGGCCGCGACCGUGUUCUCGCUGACUGCCGGUCUCGUCUUUCUGCUCGUCGACGAUGUGGUGCCGGCGAUCUACCUCAGUGCGAUCGCCUUUGGCUUGACGCUCGUGCCAGGCCUCAGCUACCUGCACAUCCGCUCUCGCGCACGUCACCGCGUGCUGCUGAUGUCGCUCUGUACCGUCUGGUUUCUAGCCGGUGUAGCAGCGACGGCAACAAUCGUCGAGCUCGCCGCCACCAACGCCGAUGGCGAGGAACAGCUGCAUCAGAACGUAGCGAUCGCGCUGCUCACCGCCAGCACCUUGAUGCUGGUGCUGCUCGGACUCGUAGAGCUGCUGCAGCGCGAAACGAUCGUCGACUACCGGCGACCAUUGGACUACGACACCGCAAUGGCUCACGACAGUGGACGGUUGCUGAACCCGGACCGGCGCUCCUUUGCGCCGUACGCACAGUUCGGACGAGCUGCUCCAGCACUCGGCAAAGGUGUCACGGGUACGGGUUGGUCCACGGAGCGUAUUGUUAGUACCGGAGCGAAUGACACGGGCUGCCGCUACCGCACACUGUGGACGGUGUACAUGAUUGGGACAAAGUUGAUCGGAUUCCUCGCCUUCUACUGGGUGUUUCUUGUGAAGGGCAUCAUGGCUAGUCAGCAGGUGUUCGAGAAGGAAGAUGUCGGGUACGUGCCGUUCUGGUUGAUGGUGGGCGGUGCACUGCUUACCACACUGCUUGGACUACGGCUCGCACCGAAGAUACUGUUCCUGGGUGCCUCCGUUCUGUACGUGAUAGCGCUUGUGCUAGCGAUCGCCUUCUACUCGGCAGAUCUGAUCGAUCUCGAGUAUGGUAUCGCUAAGCUGCUCUUCUUCGCGUUUAUUGGCGCUGCCUUACCGCUGCCGGCUAUUAACAUUUUAGAGCUGGCCCCGCUCAACUGCAACGAAGCAGCGCUUGCGCUCGGUACUGCACUGGAGCUACUGGCCAUCGCCUUGCUACAGUACUACGGCACCAACGAUGGUACACUGUUCGGGAUGGAGGAGUUGGGCGGUACAACGGUGGUGUCCAAAAAUCAUAAGGAUGUGAUCGCAGCCCACUACAUUACCGCGAUAGUGCUCGGUGUGGUGUGUGCCGUCGCAACGCUCUGGCACAUGCCGAACACUGGCCGGAAGUCACUGCCAGAGAUCGAGUCCGAUCUGGCCCGGAUGCGUUCCUACUUUGCGUUCAGUCGUCGCCAUCAACCGCAACAGCUUCCGCAGCCAACGACGUCCAAUCCCGAGCUUCAGGUCGAGAUUCCACACACGAACGGUCGUCUAGCGGCGGAUGAUGUGCUCGAGGAGCAGCAGCCCACGGCCGCUCACGAGCAGCAAUUGAGUGCAAGAAAUGCGGCCCGGUUUGCCGCCCUCUAUCCCGACUCACCCGAUCCUCGCGAUCCGCGCAACGGAUCUUACCACAGCCCAACCAGCGACAGUCCAGCCGCCCGCAGUCGCAGCCGCAGCCCGUACAAUGACUUCGAUCAACAUCUGCACUACCAUCAGCAGGAUCCACACCUACACCAUCAGCACCAGGAGGCGCUGCGCCGUCAGCACGAAGCCAACUACCUGAACGCUCGGCUCCACCAGCGGUCGCUCGACUCACCCACCGGUUCCGACCAAAUGCUCCGUGCCCGGGCCCUACCGCCCGAAACCAUCAAACCGCUGCCGCUGCUGCCCCCGCUAGUGGCCCGCUCGUCCCAGCGUUCCGAACCGCCGCUCGGUUCGCUGACGGUCAAGUCCGAACCCAGCACCAUGCUGCGGCCCGCACUGCUGACACAGAAAAGUGACGCACCGGCGCCGCCCCCGAUGCCACCGGCCGACUAUCUUACCAAGUCGUUGCCGCGCGUCAAAGCCGUCCGCCAGUCGCGCAUACCGCCGAUCGUACCGAAGCCGGAACCGGAGGCGGAGGUGAUCGUGCCGGGCGUCGAAUAUUCGCACAACCUUGUACCCAGCCAGUUUCUGCGCCAAUCGCUGCAAAAUUCGCAACUAUUUCGCUAG